AAAAUACACUUUCAUCAACCUUCAAAAAUCAAAUAUGGGUAUCCAUUUACCUUCAAUGAUCCUUCAUGCCAAGCAAGUUCUUAAGUUCCAAUCAAGGAACCAGCUACAUGUGCCCAAAGGCCACAUUGCAGUUUAUGUUGGAGAAAUGAAGAAGACAAGGUUUGUGGUUCCUAUUUCAUACUUAAACCACCCUUGUUUUCUAGAUUUGCUCGGUCGGGCCGAGCAAGAGUUCGGGUUCAAUCACCCAAUCGGCGGUCUUACGAUCCCGUGUGACGAAGAUGCCUUUAUCGAUCUCACUUCUCGGUUGCAUGGCUACUCAAGUAUGAAAACCAAAACCAUAAAUGCUUAAGUUAAUUAACCAGAUUUCAGAUUAUUUUUAUUUCUAGGAUGUAAGAAAUGUAAAAUGUAGAUAGCUUAUUGUUUGAAAUUAUAAUGAAAAUUGUUGGCUUCUGAAUCA